AUGAACGCACAGCAGAAAGACCGAAUAAAUCAAUAUUUUUUCGAAAAAUUUUAUUUCGCUGGUGAUAAGAAUCUCGCGUGUGCACGUGACCCUUCUCAACAAGAAGCCUCCCAGAUCAACAUUAGGAAUGCGGCAUCGAAUUAUCGUAAGGCCUUAAUGGUAUUGAGCCGAGAGCGCGCAGAUUUCGUAAUACGUCACGAAGCAGCACAUUUGAUGAAUAAAGUGUGGGAUAAAUAUGAUCGGUGCUGGAUCGGGUCCACGGAUGGUGAAAUCAGCUUAACCGAAAUUGUCGAAAAGGAGGUGAACGAGAAACUAUUGAGGAAAGCCCAGAAAAAAGGAACGGAAAUUAGAAGCAAUAUCAAAGAAUUUAAGUCAGGGUUGAAGAUGGAACAUGUUGCAAAUAUGAGAUGUCACGUUGACAAAGAUUAUGACAUUAUGGAACCGCCCGACCUGAGCCUACUGAUGAAUUGC